CCCCCCAAAUUCAAUUAAUCAUUGACGUUUUGCGUUUUCCGUAUCAACCUUCGUCUUCAUCGAAGACCAAUUGUGUGACGACAAGCCAAAUUUCCUUUUUUCGCGGAACUACUUAAUGCUAUGUAUUCUUCUACUAGCACUUUCUGCUAAGUUCAUGAAUUGAAUGAUUGAAUCGCUUGUUGAAACGUGUUUCGGCAUCUUAAAACCGCCUCCGUUUGCCUUCUCGUAGUAACCGGGAUUCUUGUGAACCGAAGAGCAGUUUUGAGGCCGACCAGUAUGGAGAAAGAGCCUCUGCUCCCAUAUGCUAGUCCCAGGAAGAAGCCUCCGCCACCACCAUCGCUGCUAUGCCCUUUACCGGAGCACGAUGAGGUCGUUGUUCCUCUUACCCCUUCGGCGAUUAAGGACCGACUUAUCUUUGGCCCUUCUUCCCCCACAGGUUCGUCCCCCUUGCUCGAGGCCUUAACACUUACCCUUAACUCCCCAAGACCCUCCUCUUCUUCAGAGGACCCUCAAGAUACACAACCCCAACAGUCUUGGCUUACUGACCCCAAUUAUCCUAGUCACAAAACUAAUCUUCAUCGCUCCAAAACUGCCCCGGCUAUGGCGGUAAUCAGCGGUGUUAAUCACCAGGGCCAAGUUGUUAGACCCCAAUUUGGUUCCCAGUCGAUUGUUCGCCAAGCUGUUAUUCUUCUUAUGGUGUAUUUGUCAUUGGGGGUGGUUAUUUAUUGGUUCAAUCGUCAUAAUUUUUCAGCAACUGAGACUCAUCCUGUUAUAGACGGUUUAUAUUUUUGUAUAGUGACAAUGUGUACAAUAGGCUAUGGUGAUAUUACUCCAAAUAGUACAGCAACAAAACUGUUUUCUAUAUUGUUUGUAUUGGUGGGUUUUGGGUUUAUUGACAUACUGCUCAGUGGUAUGGUCAGUUAUGUUCUUGAUUUGCAAGAGAAUCACUUGCUCCAAGCGGUGAAGACUAAGGUUGGACUUGAGAAGGAUGCGAGAUCAUAUAUAAUAGAUGUGAAGAAAGGGAGAAUGAGGAUUAGGUUGAAGGUGUCUUUAGCAUUGGGGGUUGUCGUCCUUUGUAUUGGAAUUGGUUUUGGGGUUAUGCAUUUUGUGGAAGGGCUCGGGUUGUUGGAUUCUUUUUAUCUUUCAGUUAUGUCCGUGACAACUGUUGGGUAUGGGGACCAUGCAUUCAAGACAUUGCCUGGUCGCAUCUUUGCUGCAAUAUGGUUACUUGUAUCAACGCUUGCAGUGGCCCGGGCAUUCCUGUAUUUGGCCGAGGCAAGAGUGGAUAAGCGACACAGGAAAAUGGCAAACUGGAUUCUUGGUCAGGAUAUGACUGUUUCUGAGUUUCUUGCUGCAGAUAUAGACAAUAAUGGCUUUGUGAGUAAAUCAGAAUAUGUUAUUUACAAGCUCAAGGAGAUGGGGAAAGUGUCAGAUAAAGACAUUUUGCUGAUUGGUGAGAAAUUUGAUAAGAUAGAUUCCGGCAACUGUGGAAAAAUAACUCUAGCUGAUCUCAUGGAGGGUCAAAAUUGCUAAACAGCUUCAGUUUGAUUAAUCAAUCCUAUUCUACCGUGGCAUCCGUUGAAAAGAGGGAUAUUAGAUUCUCAAGUUCCAUGUGGGGUAUUUUCAGUUCAGGGAGAUACACACACACACAUUAUAUUCUCAAGCUGCUUGUUGGUGAUUGCUUUCUCACCCUAUCUCAACUAGAUGAAGCGUUUGCGGAAUGUGAUUGCCGAACAAGAAGCAUUCCGUCGGGGUUAGGUGUAAUUUUCCGAAUGACUGGAGGAAGAAGUUUACCUUUCUUUGCUUUACUAGUAGAAAUGUCUAGUUUAUCAGAGAUGGCUUGCGAAUCACGAAGGGGUACUCGUAGUUUGAGGCACUUAUUAUUUUGUAAGAAAUCUAUGUCUAAUGAGCUGAGUUUAUCCAUAUGCAUUAUUGCUGGUGUGCUUCUCUGUCGUUAGGAUUGUAUAUAUUUUGAAAUUGCUUAAAAGAAGUGAUACUUCUCACAGCUAUUGAAUAGUAUACUUCUCCUGAUAUUCAUUUAUAUAAGUAUUUUUUUUGUUUGGGUUAAA